AUGGGACAAAAUAACUCUACCCCUCUCUCCCUCACUCUAGAUCACUGGAGGGACGUGAGAGCAAGGGCUCACAAUCUGUCCGUGGAAAUCAGAAAGGGAAAAUGGCGGACCUUUUGUUCCUCCGAGUGGCCCACGUUCGGUGUCGGGUGGCCGCCGGAAGGAACUUUUAAUGUUUCUGUUAUUUCCGCAGUUAAAAGGAUUGUCUUUCAGGAAAUCGGGGGACACCCGGACCAAGUUCCAUAUAUCGUGGUGUGGCAAGACCUCGCCCAGAGUCCCCCACCAUGGAUGCCGCCCUCCGUCAAGGUCGCUGUCGUCUCCAGUCCAGAGAGGCCAUCCGCUCCUCCCCGACCCCCCAUCUACCCGGCAACAGACGACUUGCUCCUUCUCUCUGAGCCCCCGCCCUAUCCGGCAGCCCUGCCACCUCCUCUGGCCCCUCAGGCGGUCGGACCGGCGCCGGGCCAGGCGCCCGAUAUUUCCGAUCCUGAGGGACCAGCCGCGGGGACCAGGAGUCGCCGUGCCCGCAGUCCGGCAGACGACUCGGGUCCUGACUCCACUGUGAUUUUACCCCUCCGAGCCAUAGGACCCCCAGCCGAGCCCAACGGCCUAGUCCCUCUGCAAUAUUGGCCUUUCUCUUCAGCAGAUCUUUAUAAUUGGAAAUCUAAUCAUCCUUCUUUUUCUGAAAAUCCAGCAGGACUCACGGGGCUCCUUGAGUCUCUUAUGUUUUCUCAUCAGCCCACCUGGGACGAUUGCCAACAGCUCCUACAGAUUCUCUUCACCACGGAGGAACGAGAAAGGAUUCUCCUUGAGGCCCGCAAGAAUGUCCUGGGGGACAACGGGGCCCCUACUCAACUCGACAACCUCAUUAAUGAGGCCUUCCCCCUCAAUCGACCUCAGUGGGACUACAACACAGCCGCAGGCUUUAGAAGUUGUGAAGACCCAGAUCUGGGACCAGAUCAAGGAGGUGUACAAGCCCGGUACCGUGACAAUCCCCCACCCGUUCCAGGUCGGAGACCGAGUGCUUGUCAGACGCCACCGACCCAGCAGCCUUGAGCCUCGGUGGAAAGGCCCGUACCUGGUGUUGCUGACCACUCCGACCGCAGUAAAAGUCGACGGUAUUGCUGCCUGGGUCCAUGCUUCUCACCUCAAGCCUGCACCACCCUCGGCACCAGAUGAGUCUUGGGAGCUGGAAAAGACUGAUCAUCCUCUUAAGCUGCGUUUUCGGCGGCGGCAGAACGAGUUGGAGUGAAAACCCUCACCAGCCUGUGACCCUCACCUGGCAGGUACUGUCCCAAACUGGGAACGUUGUCUGGAAGACAGAGAAAGUCCAGCCCCCUUGGACUUGGUGGCCCAUUCUUACACCUGAUGUAUGUGCCCUGGCGGCCGGUCUUGAGUCCUGGGAUAUCCCAGAAACCGAUG